CACGCGCAAGCGGCUCGAGUCAAGUCGUAAACUAGUGUUUUGCACAGCACGCUACCGAGAAAUCCGCUUCUCUCCACCGAUUGACCGAAACAUUAGCCUCGCGACCCGCAAUAACCGAUCGCAUCCUCAGCUGUGACUCUCAUCGCAUCGAGGGGUGAGUGAAAAUCCGAAUUCUUAUAUAUCUCGCGACAAAAUCGACCUGCGCACAUAACCUCGAGCGCAGCCCAGUAUUGGAGCGCAAUUCCGUAGUCGAGGGGUAUUUGGGAUUGAGUUGGGGGGAAUAAUCGAGGAAAAAUUAGGGGGAAAAUGAGUCCGUUGAACAGAGGGCCAUUGUUGGGUCCGAGAAUGCCGCCGGCGGGGAUGCGCCCGCCACCGCCGAGAUUCGGUAGAAUGCCGAUGCCUGGGAUGCCACCGCGUAUGCCACCACCACCGAUGCCACCGAUGCCACCGAUGGGGGGUAUGUUUGGGCCGAUGAGACAGAGAAUGCCACCACCACCACCGAGGCCAGGUGGCAUGAUGAGGCCCGGUGGGCCACCACCUCCACCACCGCUCUUUGGGCCGAGGGGAAGGGGACCACCACCCCUCAUGAUGCCCAUGAUGGGGCCCAGGGGCAUGGGACCCAGGGGCCCACCCAUCAGACCUGGGCCCAGGGGCAUUCUCCCGCCCCAGGGGCUCCCUCACAUGAGACCCAGAUUUCCACCCGGCAAUGGCAACAUGAAGGGAAAGGGCAUCAAUAAUGCCAAGAAGGUCAGCAAGUUGGAGGAACUCGAAUUAAAGAAACCCUGGAUGACAGACGAGAUUCGAAGUGAGAUUCAAAAGAAAAACAAACUCUAUGCCAAAGCCAAAAAGAAUAAGGACGCUAAAGAGUGGGAGGAGUUCAAGGAUCUGAGGAACAAAGUGACCAGAAUGAUCAGAGACGCCAAGAACGAGUAUCUUGCCAAACACCCAGACCAGGCUGCCUUGUACCAAGAUGAGCCCUAUUGUGAUAUAAGAGAUGAGAAUUAUACGAGCAAUGAGGAGGAUGAUUCUUACUACUGUGAAAUAUGUGAUCGUGAUUUUCAAACAGAAAAAUUACUCAAUGAUCACAAGAGUACACAUCGGGUUUGUGGUAUUGAUGGUUGUACAUUUUCGGCUCAUCCGAAGUUAGUUGAGAAACAUAUCACGAUGCAGCAUUGCACUGGAUUGUAUCAUAGGAUGAAGAAUAUGAAAACACCUGAGGAAAUUGAGAAUUGGAUUGCAGAGAGGAAAAGGAAAUAUCCAACGAAAUCAAACAUUGAGAUGAAGCAAGCGGAGACACUGGAGAAGAAAGAGCGAGGUGAAAUUAUCAAACAGGCGAAAGGUAAAUUUCAGUCCCCGCAAACUAAAAAGCCACUGCGUGAGAGGAGACGCAGAGGGAGAAAACGACGACUCGUCGAGAUCAAAGCAGAACCCGAAGAAGAGGAAGUAACCGAGAGCUACAGAGGGGUUCAGCCCUUCAGAGGGACAAAUUCAUUAGUGGAAGUCGAGGAAGAAGUUCCGGAAGCUGAAGAAGAAGUCGACAAUGCAUCAGCCAUUCAAUUCUCAGAUGAUGACGACUUAGUAAUGCCGAUAAUCUCAAAUACCCAAGUCAAACCACCCUUCAGUUUAGUAGCGGAUUAUGGAAGUGAUUCCGACGAGCCACCGGACGAAGUGCCGAUUAAAAAAACAAAAAUAGAAGAGCCUCAAGUACCUGAAUGUCUUCCAACGCCUGCCAAUGUACCUGUGACGAAAGAGAAACCUCCGAGAAAAGAAGUUUCCAGAAGAAAGGCUCGAAAAACAGUAGACGAACCACCGAAACCGACGAGAAAAUUGCUGCACCAGCAGAAGAGGUCAAUGUUCCUGGACCGAUUGCUAUCCCGAUCAAUCCAACACGAACGCAAUUACAUAUGCCAAUGCAUCAAGUACAUAGUGGACAAUAAUUUCUUCGACUGACGAAGAAAGCAAAACUUUAUAUUUUUCUAAAAUAAAAGACAUUUAUUACACUAAACUCAA